ACCCUCCACCCCUCAGACUGUCUGUCUUCAGACGCACCGUAACAGAGUCUGUAACAUGGCUGCUAGAACGUCAUCUCUGGAAAAGAAGCUCUGCUGUUCUCUUUGCUCGGAGUUGUUCAAGGAUCCUGUCAUCCUGAAGUGCAGCCACAGCUUCUGUAGAGUCUGUCUGCAGAAGUUCUGGAAAGAGAACAGCUCUCGGGAGUGUCCAUUAUGCAGGAGGAAGUCCUCCGUGGACGAUCCUCCUGUUAGCGUGGUCUUAAAAAAUGUCGUGGAGUCAUAUUUAAAGAACAGGAUAGAAUGUGAAGUGGCAGAGAAGAAUGAAGCUCCUGAGAAGAGUGAAUCUCGCUGCAGUCUCCAUGGAGAGAAGCUUCUACUCUUCUGUGUAGAAGACCAGGAGCCCAUCUGUGUGGUCUGUCAGACUGCAAGGAAACACAAAGCCCACCAGCUCUGUCCACUGGAAGAAGCUGUAGAGGAUAAGAAGGAGGACCUCAGAGCUUCACUGAUUCCAUUAAAGGAAAAGUUGGAGAAGUUUUCAAAAGUAAAACAAGAGUUUGAGGAAACAGCCAAACACAUCAAGAGUCAGUCCCAGCACACUGAGAAGAGGAUCAAGAAGGAAUUUGAGGAACUCCAUCAGUUCCUGAGAGAGGAAGAGGAGGCCAGACUGGCUAUACUGAGAGUGGAAGAGAUGGAGAAGAGUGAGAAGAUGAAGGAGAAGAUAGAGAACAUCUCCAAACAGGUCUCCACCUUGACAGAGAAGAUCAGAGACGUUGAGAAGGCCAUGGGAGCUGAGGACAUCUCCUUCCUGAAGACCUUCAGUGACACCAAAGAAAAAGCCCAGUGCUCACUGCAGGACCCAGAGCUGGAGUCAGGGGCACUGAUAGAUAUCGCCAAACACCUGGGCUCUCUGAAGUUCAGAGUCUGGGAGAAGAUCCUGGGGACUGUACAGUACACUCCUGUGACUCUGGACCCAAACACUGCAGCCCCCUGGCUCUCAGUCUCAGAUGAUCUGACCAGUGUAAGAUACACUGGAGUUAAUCAGCAACUUCCUGACAACCCAGAGAGAUUCUCCCCCUAUGUUAAUCUGCUGGGAUCUGAAGGGUUUAACUCAGAUAAACACAACUGGGAGGUGGAGGUGGGGGACAAACCUCAGUGGGCUGUAGGAGUAGCAGCAGAGUUUGUUAAAAGAAAGAGGGGGAUUGCAUACAAGCCAGAGAAUGGAUUCUGGGUUAUAGUUCUGAGGAAUGCUAAUGAGUAUAUAGCAUUGGAUUCACCACCAACCCGCCUGAGACUGGAGAGGAAACCGCAGAGGAUCAGAGUGCAGCUGGACUAUGACAGGGGGGAGGUGUCCUUCUUCAACCCCACUGACAUGUCACUCAUCUACACCUUUAAAGGCACAUUCACUGGGAAACUGUUUCCAUAUUUCUCCCCAUAUGUAAAUAAUGAUCGAAGCAACCCAGGAGCCUUGAAGAUCUGCCCAGUAAAGGUGUCUGUGACGGUGACAUCAUCCCAGUAAAUCUCCCAGUGAUAGGGGUCACGUUAAUAAUCAGCUAUAUAUCGAUUUAUAUUUUUACUUUGAGUUUCAUGAUAAUUAUUGACCUACAGCAGUGUUUCUCAAUCUGGGGGUCAUUGAUGAUUUUCUGUAUAUGAUUUAAUAAUUUGUGAUGUGGGGGCUGAAUUAGGACAGAGCUGCUCUAAAGGACACAGUGAACCCAUCUAUCUGCAGCCCUGUGUACCUCAGAGAGUUAGGAUGCUGUCUUCACGACCAGAAGUUUGCUGGGUCAAAUCCCGGGGUCAGUAGAGUGAUGUCACCGCCUCCCCCUGACUGAGGCCCUUAACCCUGAUUCCUCCGGGGUCUGUCUGACCCCGCUCUGUGAAAUGUAUGAUCUGUAUAAAAGCAUCUGCUCAGUAAAUAAAUGUAAAUCUCUGCAAAGAAGCCUGAACGUCCCUCAUGUCCCAGUGAAGGUGUCACCUGUUAAAAUACAGAUUUUGGGUUUCAUGUUAUCUACUGAUGUCAGGUGACAUUUCAAAGCCUCUUACACUUAACCCUGAUUAAUAAAGCUUUAUCAGCAUGUUACUGUCCGUGAUGCUGUGGAAGACAAGUUCCAGUAGGGCCAGGGGAAUGGUGCAUUGUGGGAUUAUUGUCAGUGUCUGUGGCCUUAGGCAAGAAGAAUGUGUAAGUGCAUCUGUCUUGUGCUGACUCUGAAAUCGAGAGCAGAUCCUGUCUGUCUGUGAAGGUGAUCUGAAAUACCAGGACGUACUACAUAGGCUGCUCAGUGCUGUAGAGCAGGAUAACAGGAAAGCAGUCAGAAAUAUUGAUAGGAGACAAACAGGCUUAUGUUCUUAAGUGUUUCUUAUAUUUACCUCUUCGAGGAUCAUAUGGUGUAAUGAAUGUGUUGUAAAGAAAUAGAUUAUUGCUCCAUAUAUUCAAUGAUAUGGGUUGUUUGAUUUGCUUGAUUGCAUAGUAUUGAUUAAUAUGGGCACAUGAUGUAAGGGGUUAAUGAGGGUGGGGUGUAACCGAUGGCAGCUGGCUGACUGGCCAUGGACUUAAAGGGAUGCAGAGCUGCAUGAGGUCAUCACCUGUGAGGUCAUCGCCUGUGAGGUCAUCACCUGUGAGGUCAUCACACACUCUGCAUGCGGACAAGAGCCCCUCUUGACCAAUGGGGUAGCAGAUUGCCUUUCAAGGGGAGUCACAGAAAUGUAUAAAACCUGAGCAUUUUCUUUGUUUCGGGUUCACUUCUUUGGAACGGGGAUACUCUCUUUGUUUGCCGUCAACUCCAAGGCUCCCAGCAUUAAUAAAAUCAUUUUUAUCCACCUCAA